AUCAAUCGAAACGCGCAGCAUUCAAGUCCCUUCGACUGAACUGAACGUUUCAAAAUGAUAUCAAACAUCACCAUCUAUUGUGUCUCCUCGCUGCUUCUUUUAAAUCUUGCUGGGGGUAAACCAGUGUCCAGCUUGCAGAGCCUGAAAGAGCUGUUGGGAGAAGAGAACAGUGUACCCUACGUUGAGUCGGAGGAGACCGAAGCAGAGGGGAAAGAUCUGAACGCGGAGAGUGCAGCAUUCAACGCGGGAGCGCUGCAUUCUUGGGACCCUAACGCGAGCGAUUCUGCACUUUCGGUGAAGGAAAACGCGCUCCUGCGUCUUCUCAAUGACAUUCUGUCAUCCUCCAAGCGCUCCUGGACCAGAUUCAAGAAAGGAGGUCUACGAAGCUGCUUUGGGGUCCGGCUCGAGCGGAUUGGGUCGUUUAGUGGACUAGGGUGCUAA